UCCGGGUUUGGUCUCAUAGGCUAGGAAAAGGUCUGCAGACGACACAGCAACGAGUGAAGCUGUCAGGAGCGGACAUGGAUAUUAUUGCAAAUGGUUCCGUGGAGUGUCCCGACCUGACUCCGGAGAUGCGGGAGAAAGCGGAGGAAGAACUGGGUGAAACGCCAGAGAAACGGGAACUCUGCCUCAGGAGACUGCGAAGUCUCAUCAAGGACGAGGAAGCGCUAAACUCAAGGACCGACGACGAGUUCCUGUUGCGGUUCCUGCGCACCAAGAAGUUCAAAGUGGAAGUGGCAUUCCGCACCCUGCGAAAUUAUUACCGCCACCGCAAGGAGUCGCCAGAGAUCUUCGAUGGACUACGGCCCACUAAGUUGCGCGUUGUGUACGAGGCCAAGUGCCAGACCAGACUCUCGCACAAAGACCCUCUUGGAAGACCUAUAUUCGUGCUUAGAAUUGGGCGAUGGAAACCGAGUGAUUAUGACUACUACCAGCUUCGCGCAGCCAACAUGCUGUGCUUGGAACAUCUGGUGUGUGACCCUGCUGUGCAGGUCAACGGUCUCGUAUGCAUCCUCGACUGCAGUGGGUGGGGACUUCAACACCUCGUUGCAUUUCCCAUCUCGCAGGUUCGAAAGACCAUCGACCUAUUGCAGGACUGUCUCCCUGCUCGGUUCAAGGCAGUGCAUGUGGUCCAUCAGCCUUCCGUGUUCAACGUUUUUUUCUCCCUUGCAAAGCCCUUCAUGACCAGCAAACACAUCAGCAGGAUACAUGUGCAUGGCACAAACAUGGAGUCCUUGCACAAGCACAUUCCUCCAUCCAUCUUGCCCGAAGAAUACGGCGGCACGGACGGACCUUUCGACAACACAAAGUUCUGCCAGGGUCUUUAUGACAAGGACGAUUUCUUCAUCCAGGACUUCACACAGUACGGGAACAAGACAUAGGCCUG